GAGGCUUCCGCCGCUUGUUCUGUAGUCGGAGCCCGGUCUGGUUGAGAAGCAGCAGGUUUGCUAGUGGAGUUAUGGGCGGAUGUUAAGCGAUCGAGGGUCUAAAUAACACGGACUUGUCGGGAUGAUGAUAGCUCGGGUCACCCGCUUUUGUCACAGGGAUUUCGGGAAAAGGUUUGUGUCAGCACUGUCUGGGGGAAAUGAGUUGCCAUCCAAUCUCCACCUUCAAACAAACUUCAUUGAGAUAGAGAAAAAAGGACCACCCCCAAUUGAAUCUGGAUUGCCUGUUCUGAGAAAGUGUGAGAUAGCAGUUCCUUCACAUCUGAAACCCAGACAAGCUUGGCUAGAGUCUUUGCAGGGCUAUACUGAUGACAAACUAGGUAUCGUUGAUUUGCAUCCUGAUGUUUUUGCAGUACCUCCAAGAAUUGACAUUCUACAUGAAGUUGCAAUUUGGCAGAAAAAUUUUAAAAGAAUAAGCCAUGCUAAGGUGAAGACUCGAGCUGAAGUCCGAGGUGGAGGUAGGAAACCAUGGCGACAGAAAGGAAGUGGCAGGGCACGCCAUGGAAGCAUCCGGUCACCAAUAUGGAGAGGAGGCGGUGUUGCCCAUGGUCCCCGAGGGCCAACUAGUUAUUAUUAUAUGUUGCCCAUGAAAGUGCGUGUUAUGGGUCUGAAGGUGGCUCUCACUAUGAAGUUUGCUCAGGAUGACCUUCACAUUAUUGAUUCCCUUGAGAUGCCCAGCCCAGAUCCUCAAUACCUUCUUGACUUGGCACGGUAUAGACACUGGGGAGAUUCUGUCCUUAUUGUAGAUGUUAAUGAAGACAUGCCAAAAAAUAUUUUAGCAGCAACAAAAUAUUCUAAAACUGUAACAGUAAUGCCUGUUAUAGGGCUGAAUGUUCACAGCAUGUUGAAACAUGAGACCUUGGUUCUAACAUUGGAUGCAGUCAGUUUUCUAGAGAAGAAGCUGCUAUGGCACGAUACCAGAUUCUCCCCCAUCUAUCCAUUCAAACUACCUUACAAAGACUUUCCUUAAGAAUUAUGUGGAAAACAAGUUUGGAAAAGAGGACUUUUAUUUCAUGAUUCAAUAAAAUCUUUGACUUCA